UCCCCCCGCUUUAGUUGCAAAGGGGGGCAACAUGGCGCUCGUGCCCUGCCAGGUGCUGCGGGUCGCCAUCCUCCUCUCCUACUUCUCUAUCCUGUGCAAUUACAAGGCCAUUGAUAUGCCCGCGCAUCAGACCUACGGAGGCAGCUGGAAAUUUCUGACGUUCAUUAACCUGGUUAUUCAAGCAGUCUUUUUUGGGAUCUGCGUAUUGACUGACCUUUCCAGCCUUCUGACUAAAGGAAAUGACAGCCAAGAACAAGAAAGACAGUUACGAAAACUCAUUUCCCUCCGUGACUGGAUGAUGGCUGUCUUCGCUUUCCCUAUUGGAGUUUUUGUUGUAACAAUGUUUUGGAGCAUCUAUAUCUAUGACAGAGAACUAAUUUACCCAAAGCUCCUUGAUAAUUUUAUACCACCGUGGCUGAAUCAUGGAAUGCAUACAACGGUUUUGCCUUUUAUAUUAAUUGAGAUGAGAACGACACAUCAUGAUUAUCCCAGCAGGACCUGUGGAUUGAUUGCUGUAUGCACCUUUUCUGUCAGCUACAUAUUAUGGGUCUGUUGGAUUUAUCACGUCACAGGGGUUUGGGUAUACCCUCUCUUGGAUUACUUUGGCUCAGGUGCUAAAAUUGUCUUCUUUGCAACUGUAACUGCAAUAAUCAACACCUUCUACUUGCUGGGUGAGAUACUAAACAACUGCAUCUGGGAUACACAAAAAUGUAUGGAAGAAGGAAAAGAAAGGCCUAAACUGGACUGAACAUAAGAUGAAAAAAAGGGAAAAGAAGACUUGCUGCUACACAGAAGGCAUCUUGAUAUCAAGGAAUAUUGCAAGAGGAAGCCAUUUACAUGAACAGUUCAUCUAGGACACUUUUAUUUAUUUUCUCUAAAGGGAUAUUGAUUUUAUGACCUGCUCCUUCCUCAUAUCUUUAUUUGAUGGAUAUAGCCAGGUCUUCAACACCUGCCACUAUUGGUAUAUCAGUAUUGUCUGUUUGGUGGCAGUAAGAAAAAUUAAGGGGGUAUAUUCUACCUCUGAUUUGAAAAUACGAUAAAGCAAGCUGAAAUUGAAUCAGUGGGGAAGCCUUUUGCUUUUCUGACUGUAUCAUGAAGCUGCAUGUAUGAAAUGGUGGAUCAACCUCCAUUAGCAAAUGAAAGAGCUCUCUACAUUUUGGACUACCAAGUGGUUGGCAGUGUGUGUGAGGGGCAAUGAAGGUCAUCUGAGGGUGGGGGGUUAGAGAUGGGCACACCUGGGAGAUAAAGAACAAAAAUUCAAGCUCAGUUUCUUUCUCUCCUCCCCCCCCCCCUCUGCUUUUUAACCCUUAUUUUUAAUCAUUCACUGAAAAAUCAUAUAAACUUGUUCGAACAGGCAGAUGUAACGUAACAAACUGCUUUAAAACAGUGGUACAAAUAAUUCUGUCAAUCUGAGGAAGCUGUGAUUACAAAUAAAAGGUAUGCAUAUUGUUAAAGUACGCAUUAAUAAAGACAAGAUAUUCCCCUCUCCCUCAUCCCCUUCCAAUGUUUCUGCUACUCAGGUUUCUCUAGGGAUGGAGAGAAACUUAAUGAGCCCCCAACCUGGUUUUCUUCACAUCAAGAGAAGAUGCCAGACACAUACUUUUCCCAUCAUAGCCUUUCCCAAACCAGUAGUGAUAGUUAGGUGGACUACUGCUGUUUAAUAAUUUAUUUGGCACUGAGCUUACCAUCUCCCUUAAAUGGAGAAGACAGGGAUGGAAGUGAUGGAUUAGGAGAGCAGCAGGUGACAGGAGCAGUUGACAGAACCAUCCCAACUGCACAAUGAACUUUGGAUCACAAGGGUAGCAGUGUGUAUGUACCUGCAUGCAUGUGCAGGAGUGCCAGUGAAGUGCUAUUCCAUCUGAGAAGUAUGCCCCCGGAUCCCUUGUGAUGUCACAGAUGGCCAACAGCUUAUAGUCUCAGGGACCACUCUAGUCUCCAGGCAGUGAUCUAGGGUGGAAAGUAUUCUACACUGAAAACAUUUUGGGCAAGACCAUCAUCGGGGGCCAGAAAAUAGCUUCUCGGGCUUCAUCCAGUAUGUGGGCCCCCAAGUUGGCCACCCCCAUUCCAGACAGAAGGCUUGAGGCCUCAUGUGUUACACAAUUAACCCCUUCUUGAGUGGUCAGGCUCUGUAAUAAAGGUGAUGCAAAUUAGCAUUAAGGACAUAUGUUGGGCAUGCAUAUGUAGACAUGGUCAGGGUAUGCAUGCAUACAUACAUCUGCAACAUUAAACCUAGAAUAAAUCGCAUAUAAAUUUUGAAAACAAAUACAUUUUCCUUCCAAUUAAACUGUUUGGGGAAUUCUCAUACCACCUUCAUGACAAUUUAGUAGGCCCUCAGUUGAGGAAUCAUCUGUUCCAUAGGUCUGUUCCAUGGGUCUCAUCUGCCCCUAGAACCUCCCCAAUGGCCAACCAUUUUCACAGAACAUACUAGAGAAUAACUCCUGGAACACAGUGAUGCUUGAUCUGAGAGUCUUGCUCCCAGCAUCCUCUGCAGAAGAUCCUGGGAUUCUUCUGACUGUACAGCCCUAAGAGGAGUUGAAGGUGGUCCAGAAAAGCCUCUGCUAAAGUAGAACUUGAAAGAAGUGAGGAUAGCUGGAAAGGGAGCCUGUUCCAAAUAUAUAGAGGAGAAUGCUGGAGACAAGACUGGGGAUGGAAAUCCUAUCCCUGUCUACUUAAGAAAUAAGUCCCAUGAAGCUGAAAUGGGGCUUACUCCUGGGUGGGUGGGGACAGGGAUGGAGUCCUCUGAGCUGCAAGAAGUAAAAUCAACACCACCCUUGCAUGGAACAGGCUCGUUUUUGAAAUAUUUGUACCAAAGGGACAGAGAGGCCUCCAUUUAGUCACAUAUCAGGCAAUAUUUAUAGACCGAGCUCAAAGUUUAAUGCAAGGUUUUUAAACACUUCAGUGGGGCUAUGUAAAUUAAGGUUUCAUUGUCAACUAUGUGAAGUUCAGGUUGGUAAAAAAUACGUGCCCACAGUUUUGUUAAUAGGAUCUGAGUGCUUUCAUGUGGCAAGGCUUGCAUAAGUCAUUCUCCACUGUUGGGACGUGCAUGUCAGCAGUCUAAGCCUGCAUUUCUCAUUGACCUUUCUGUUCAUUAAACACUGGAUGCUGGCCAUUGUCUGUACUUUGUGCUCCUCACGGCACAAAUGGCAAAUAAAUAAAUAAAAAUGAGGAAACCCAA